CCUCCGGUGCGCCUCAUGCAUGUUGCCCUUCCCCGGCCUCUCCCCGCACAACUGCCCCCUCCCGGGGCAAUGAGUUUCCAUAAGGAGGACGGGGUGAGCCUGUGCCAGAAGGCGCUACAGAUCGUGUCGGAGCUGUGCCUGGGGGGGCAGGUGGAGUGGGACAAAUGCUCCGGGAUCUUCCCCAGGACCAACCAGGGAGCCGGCAGCACAGACAUUUCCGUCAGCCUCCUGGCCGUGGUGGUGAGUUUCUGCGGCCUGGCCCUGCUGGUCGUCUCCCUCUUCGUCUUCUGGAAGCUAUGCCGGCCAUGUUGGCGGAACAAGCCCCUCCCCGGCGCCAACCACGUGGCACCGCCCCCUCCCUGCGUGCCCAGUGCCCCCCCCGAGGUGCCCGACGACAAGAAGGAGAUCAAGCAGAACGGGCGCCAGUCGGUGAGACUCCAGGAGGCGGCCAUGAAAAUCAGCCACACGUCCCCCGAUAUCCCGGCCGAGGUGCAGAGCGCCCUGAAAGAGCAUCUAAUGCGACACGCGCGCAUCCAGCGCCAGAUAACCGAGCCCACCUCCUCCUCCCGACACAACUCGUUUCGGAGGCACCUACCUCGACAGAUGCAAGUGUCCAGCGUUGACUUCAGCAUUGGGGUGGAGCCAUUACAGAGGGGGGAGACCACCACGAGCAUUGGCCGAAUUAAGCCGGAGCUUUACAAGCAGAAAUCGGUGGACUCGGAGGAUAACAAGAAGGAGGACGUUAAGACCUGUGGGAAACUGAACUUCAGCCUCCAGUUUGACUAUGAGAACGAACUCCUUGUGGUCAAGAUCGUGAAAGCCUUGGACCUUCCGGCCAAAGAUCUCUGUGGCACCUCCGACCCCUACGUCAAGAUCUAUCUCCUACCGGACAGGAAGAAGAAGUUCCAGACUCGGGUGCACAGGAAGACCCUCAACCCAAUAUUUGAGGAGACCUUUCAGUUCCCCGUGGCCUACGACCAGCUCAGCAACCGCAAGUUGCAUUUCAGCGUCUACGACUUCGACCGGUUCUCCCGGCACGACAUGAUCGGGGAAGUCAUUCUGGAUAAUUUGUUUGAAGCCUCCGACCUGUCCAGGGAAGCCACGGUGUGGAAGGACAUCCACUGUGCAACCAGCGAGAGUGUGGACCUGGGAGAGAUUAUGUAUUCGCUGUGCUAUCUGCCUACGGCCGGGAGAAUGACAUUAACAGUUAUCAAGUGCAGGAAUCUCAAGGCCAUGGAUAUCACUGGCUCCUCUGAUCCGUAUGUGAAGGUUUCCCUGAUGUGUGAAGGUCGGAGACUGAAAAAGCGGAAAACCACCACCAAAAAAAACACCCUCAACCCCAUUUACAACGAGGCCAUUAUCUUUGACAUCCCCCCGGAGAACAUGGACCAAGUCAGUCUUUCCAUAACGGUGAUGGACUAUGAUAGGGUGGGGCACAAUGAAGUUAUUGGGGUGUGCAGAACCGGGGUGGACGCAGAGGGACUCGGCAGAGACCAUUGGAAUGAGAUGUUGGCAUAUCCCAGGAAACCAAUCACGCACUGGCACCCGUUGGUAGAGCAACCGGGUCGGGCUACAAGUUUCGAUAGCCAAGGCUCUUGCUCCUCGCCCAAACUGCCGCCCACACCGUAGGUCCAUCGGCGUUGGCAUUUCUCUUCUCUUUCCAUGGGUCGGACCAUGAGAAGGCACCACGUUCCCUCAAAGAGGAGCCCGUAUACUGCAACCAUAAAGUGCUACGGCGUCAACUCCAUCUCUACACUGGUCGAUCAUUACUCCGGCGAGCGAGAAAUAGAAGGAAACUCAAGGCUGGGGCCCCUGUAGAGCAGUUGGUCAUCCAUUGGCCUCUCAGAAGCCACAUAUCCAUGUCGAUUUGAGAAAAACACACACAAACUGAAACGACCCAACUGGAUGGAAGAGUAUAAACCAGGGGCAAUUGACCUUGGCUGGUCAGACUUAUGGUCAAACUUCUAACCAGCAGGAGAUGUUUUUCCCCAAGGGAGGACACAGGGCAUCUACCGAAACGCGUCAAAGCUGAACAAGGAAUGUGUCCGAUGCUCUUGAACAAAAACCAUGGCACAAAGGGAGUGGCAACUUCUGGAACCUCCCCCAAGGGGCACUUCUGAAGGUCAAAGAUACCAGGUCAUUCUUGUAGACCACGCAUUCAGCUGGACAAGGGUUUUCAGAGUCGUUCCCAGAGCCGGCGAGGGUAAAACCCAGUUUUUCAGAUACCAACUACCUCUGUUCUUUGCUAAAAUUGUCCUGAUUGGAUCACUUGUAUCCACCAAUAACCCUGCUGUAGCACUUACACCUGGUCACUAGGGACGUAGCGUUGCCCACACCAAGGAAUACCUCAGGCUUCCCACGUAUCAGCGUUCCUAUGUAACCCGGGAAAUUACACCGUUUCCUUUCGGAAUUUUCGGUACAUUGGUGCAAAUACGGGAAUUUCUUAGUAAAUCCCGGUAGAUAGAAAUUUCCAUCAUUUUUCCCACAAUUUUGGAUGAGAAUUUAGCAAAACCAUCCAAAAUCGUUGGGUUCCCUGCCCCCCACCCCCGACUUACACUCAAAAAGAGUAAGUUGAAAAACAGCGAGGUCGAAACCGUGACGAUAAUCCGUCGAGAAAAUAUUUUUCAAAAAAAUUUUGGCAAAUAUUUUGUUCCAAAAAUACUACAUUUCUAUCAAUUUAGCGGAAUUUUGUUUUUAAAAAAAUUCUCUUCGCUUCCCGUAAGGGGCAAAUGUAUUGACUUUGGAGUUGAAAUGAUCAAUUGCGUUUUCACAAAUUCAAAAAAUUCAUAAUAAUAAUAAUUCCACCUAAAAACGGCCAAGAUUUUUUAUUUUUUUAAAAUGAAAUGAAUGAGCAAAACUGCCCCAUUUUGCUUUGCCACAGGGGAUAAUGGGGACAUUUCACCAAAAUUUCAUCAAAAUGUAUUGAAGUCAAAUGGGCAAUAAAAUGGAUUCACGGCGAAUUUCCACGUUUCGCCAU